AUGUGGCGGAUUGUGGGAAUCGGGAAAGCAAAAUGUGGACUGAUGGUGGUUGUGCAUUGGUCAUCCAGACGAUCAGCACCUCAGAGUUCCCCGCGCCGCCACACCAUCUCCAACGCACGGGAGGCCUUGGCCAGGCUGACGUUCACUGAAAGGUGUGGCAGCUCCGAGCACCAUACUUCGUCAUCACACCUCAAACCCAGAGAGCUAUGCAGCACCCACCAUAUUUGCAUGGACGUCGCACGCACUGAAGAGAAUGUCAUGACUGCGGAUCCCAGUCAAAUGGCUUUCCGAGCCGUAACGCACUGGCUUCAAAGUCAGACUAUGCCGAGUCAACUAAGCAAGGUGCUGAACCAGCAACAGGAGCAGCCACAGCAGACGCUCCAAUCGUCGCAGAUCGAUAACGGCGAGAAGGACAGUCACGAUAGUUUACUGAGGCGCGCAUCUUCAACGAAUCUGUGGACAAAACCGCUUCCCCAGCUACCGCCGCCUAACAUGUCCUUGUCCGGCAAAGUCGCCCUCGUCACUGGUGGCGCAAGAGGUAUUGGAGCAGCCAUCGCGUUGAAGCUCGCCAGAGAAGGUGCCAGAGUCGCUUUCACCUUUGUAAAUACAUCGUCGAUAGCGAAGGCUCAUGAGGUCAUAUCCGAGAUCGAGGCGUGCGGGUCCUCAGCCACCGCCAUCCAGGCCGACGUCUCCAAGCACCAGGAAAAGGUAGUAAAGCGUGCCAUGAUGGCCUUUGGUGUCGAAAAGAUCGAUAUUCUUGUUAACAACGCCGCUGCCACGCUCAGCGCGACACUGGACGAGACCAGCGCCGAGGACUACGACCGUAUUUUUAACACCAAUACCCGCGCCGUGUUCUUCAUGAUGCAGGCCGCCAAACCCCAUAUCGCUCAGGGCGGGCGCAUCAUCAACAUAUCCUCCGUCGCCGCCCGUGCCGACAGCCCUGGCAGCAUGGCCUAUGCCGGUAGUAAGGCGGCUGUCGAAGCCUUCACGCGUGUAGCCGCCCGCGAGAUGGGGCAGGCACACGGCGUGACGGUCAACUGUAUUAGCCCAGGGACCGUGAAGACAGAAAUGUUUGAUUCACUCCCAGAUGACCAGCGCAGCGCGGACCUUGAGAGGGCAACACUCACACCUGCGGAGGCCAGGCUGGGCGCAGUCGAGGAUAUUGCCGAUGUAGUCGCCUUUGUUGCGAGCGACGAAUCGAGGUGGAUUACGGGAACAGUCAUCCCGGUCAACGGGGGUCGACUGAUGAACUAA